CUUCUCCAGUCCCGAGGUAUUGACAUUGAUGAAGACGGUCAUGAAGGCGCUAAGUGAUGAUUCUGGAGCGGUGCUUGGCAAAGGAUGUCUAGAAUGAGCUUAACAGCACAGCAUCAACCAGGGAGGAAGUAUAACACUGACGUGCAAGACGUCGAGGGCUGCACUGUUCUGCACAUCAUCAGCCGCAGGGCAGUGUAUACUGCGCACUUCUGUGGGGACGUCGGUUGUAAGCUUCGCAGCGAGCGCUCACGGGCUGAAGGAGGGUGGCCCCAGGAAAGAUCACUUCAAAACAUCUUGAUCAAUGUUUUCAAGCACAGCAGAAAUAUUCCCGACCUUGAGUCUCGACCGUUUGACGACAAAUGCAUCAGCGCCUCAUAAGGACUAAUGUAUUUGUCUUCAAACCGGUGAUGUCGCUUAUGGCGCAGGUGGAGGACCCUUUCAAGUUGAUGGGUCCUCUAGUACUAGCCUGUGGGGCGAGACAGGCACUAGCGGUACUAGAGGCUCCACAGUCAUGUUCAAGCGACUUUGCUCGGACCAAGACCCAAUUGCUCAGUUAGAUACCAUAAUCGCUGGUGAGUCAGUAACUGACCAACCUCGUCCUAUUGACUAUUGUAAUAGUCAGUAUGACUUCGCCGUAAGGUCGCGGACCUAGAUACGCACGGUGUAAAAGACUUGAACAGUACUCCGUAUCAUAUACUUUAUGAUGGGUAGAGUGGGUACGAG